ACCGCAAGAAGCGCUUGUAAACAGAGAGCCGGGCCGGAAUGGUCGGUGGCCGAACGGGCCGUGACCGUGAGGAGAGCUGGCUGCCAAAGCCGAACCACAGCCAGAAGUAGGUUGCAGGCCCCGCAGGUGAAGGGGGAGAAGUAGCCGGAGGCCAGGAAAUUAAAGAUGGUGGUGACAUUGCCUUGACAAGCACUUCCUGUUGUCUUUACCGAGGUCUCACUGAAGAAUAAUCUCAAAGGAAUGUUUGUCUCCCAGGACCUUUGUUGAUGACUGUUAUCAUCCAGCAGAUGUUUUUAAUGUCCUGGAAAACAUCAACCACCCUUGUGCUUGGCCUGCUCCGGGCAGCUGAAUGAAAGUUCCUUCCAGUUGUUUCCAGAACUCUGUUGCCCAAAAUUUUACCUCUCUUCGUCGGGUGAAUGUUCAUGAAGCUCUAUCCUGAACAAGCUUAGGAGGCUUAGGCCUCUUGGAGCCUGUGACAUGGAAGCUUUGGAAGUGGAUGAUAUCAGCCCAGCCCUGGAAGUUACUGAGGAUUUCUUUACUACUUUUGAUAGUAAGCUAGAAAAGGCUGUGCAGCAAGCAGAGGUUUAUGGGAUUCAGGAAGUCCCUGAACUGGUGGGGCAUGAGGUCCUCAGUAACAUAGACAAUGGUGCUAUCAGAAAUGUCUCCUCCCUGGGCAAGGGAGGCAUGAUCUGGGACCAUUGUAAGACCAGGUUCUUAGAAACCAAAGCUCAAAAUGUCUUCCCUGCCAAAGAACAGUUUAUGGUCCAGAAAGGGACAACCCCAGAUAAUCUGUCCUGGAUGGAACAAAAGGAAGCUUCAACCUUUGAUUUUUUCAACAUCUGUCAGCGUCGGAGGGACAGACCUCGUUCUGUGAAUGACUUAUUGGAUGAGACUUCUACUUUUAAGCCCGGCCAUGCUCGAUCAAGGUCAGAUAUUAGCCAGGUGGACUGGAGGGUGGUCCUCAAAACCAUGCCUCUGCAGCAGCAGCAACAACCAUCUCUUCAGGGCCCUCACUUCACCAGGACGUCUUUUCUGUUGUCCUCAUCAAACAAGGUAGAAGAUGCUCAAGGAAAUAUGGAACACAAGGAGGCAUUCCCAAACAUUCUGAAAAAGGGUUACCUGGAGAUUCGGAAGGACCAUGACAGUUACUGGCAAAGCUGUUACGCAGAACUCUCCCCCUACAGCUUAUACUUCUACAGCCUCGACAGCAGUGGGAAUCAAAACCUCUGUGGAACGUACCAGCUGUCACACUUCCAGAGUAUAUCUGUUCUGGGCAACCUCGAGGCCAGGCUGGUGGAUACUGUUCUGUAUGACAACAGUCAGCUGCAGCUAAAGGCAGAGUCGCCAUGGGAGGCUUUGGACUGGGGGCAGAAGCUUUGGGAAGGUGUGCACGCCGCCGCGCCUGCUUACGUGGGACGGCCAGAGGAGCUGGCUGACUCACCGGGGCUCGGUCAUCAUGUCGACUGUCCACAGAAUCGUUGUUUGCAGAAGAAAUCCAGUGAGCUGCUCGUGCCAUCCCCUGUCUUGGAUAGCCCCAAAGAGUACCAAAACAUCCUCAAAUCAGGGACGCUGUACAGGCUGACCAUCCAAAACAACUGGAAGGCAUUUACGUUUGUCCUGAGCCCGGCCUACCUGAUGGCUUUUCAGCCUGGCAAGCUGGACGAGGAUCCCCUGCUGAGCUACAAUGUGGAUGUGUGUCUGGCCGUCCAGAUGGACAACCUGGAUGACUGUGACUCUUGCUUUCAAGUCAUUUUCCCCCAAGAUGUCCUCCGCCUCCGUGCUGAGACCCGGCAGAGGGCCCAGGAGUGGAUGGAGGCCCUGAAAACAGCUGCCAAUGCGGCAAGGAGUUCAGAACAAAACCUGCAGGUCACGCUGAGGACCAAACCCAAGGAUCAGAUGGGUGGGCAUGAACUCAGGAAGAACAAACGCCAGUCUGUGACCACCAGCUUCCUCAGCAUCCUGACGACUUUGUCUUUGGAACGAGGACUCACUGCUCAGAGUUUCAAAUGUGCAGGAUGCCAGCGAUCCAUAGGCCUUUCCAAUGGGAAAGCCAAGGUGUGCAAUUACAGCGGGUGGUAUUACUGCAGCAGCUGCCACGUGGACGACAGUUUUCUCAUCCCGGCCCGCAUAGUCCACAACUGGGAUACUUCAAAAUAUAAGGUGUCUAAGCAGGCCAAAGAGUUUCUGGAGUACGUGUACGAAGAGCCCCUGAUCGACAUCCAGCAGGAGAACCCCAUGCUGUACGGACACGCCGAGCCGCUGGCCACCGUGGUGCGCCUGCGGCAGCGGCUGAAAUCACUGCGAGCCUAUUUGUUCAGCUGCCGGGCAGCGGUGGCCGAGGAUCUGCGCCGCAGAAUUUUCCCCAGAGAAUACCUCCUUCAACAGAUCCACCUGUAUUCCCUCGCUGAUCUGCAGCAGAUCAACUUUGGAAUCACCUUGUCCACCCAAAAUACUUUGUAAAUUAUUUUAAUAAUUGUGCUGAUUCUGAGUUGGAUUUCUGUACUUUUUCUUAACAAUGAGAAUUUUUAGCUUGGGACUUAAAACAUGUAUGUAGUUUAAAUUUAUGGAAGAAUAAUGUGCUAAAGAAUCAAGUGACUUAUUUUAUAAUCUUAAAUACAAGUAUGAUUGAAUGAUCACAACCGAAUGCUGCCGUGGUUUGUCGGGAGGUCGUUGCAGAGCCAGCCGCUUCCCAAGUUGUGAGACUUAUGCAGAUUGCACAUUAAUACUCACUUUUGAGGUACCGAAGGAACUGAACAUGUACCAAAUGUUCAAAUGCUUUGGUAUUUUUCAUUCUGCGUAAUCAACAAGAAUGUUAGCUAUUCCAAUGAUAAAAUGCUUUUCAAGAUCAGUUCAAAAAUUGCCCACUACGGCCUUUCCAGCUGCCAAAGAAUUCAUCUUCCAGUUGUCCUCAUGUUUGAGGAGCUGGCUAGCUCAUCCCUCAGGAAUUAUCCAUGUCCCAGGAGUGCAUGAAUCACACAGCCCCAAGAGGUUCUGCUAAAGUACACAUGGCGUUUAACUGGCAGCAACUUCUCCAUUUGCCCUCUGUGUUCAUGCCAUUAGCCCAUAACCCCAUCUGGCCAAAGACCUGCCAUUUUGUUUGGACAGAGCUGUCAUUCCAGGGCCUGCCCUAGGAAUAUUCCAGAAGUACUCAGUUUCAGCUUUUCUAAUGCAGAGGUCGAAUGCACUUGGAAAGGCCUAGAAUAGAAAUAGAGCAAGAGCCAUUCUUCCUUAACUAGUCGUCUGUUUAGACCUGUGGAAAGCAGCAGAGCAACAGGGGUAAAUUGGUGGCCAGAGUCAAAAAGGCCUUAGAAACUAGGGGACACUUGAGCCAGGUAUGAGAGCACGUGACUUGAGGGGAAUGGCAGCCGAGUAGGAAGGAUCACACACUGCAAUCAGACGACCCAGUUCAGACUCCAGCUUUGAUUGAGCUCUCUGACCAUGAAACAAGUCCCGUAAUCUUCCUAUGUCUCAGUGUACUUAUAUGUAAAAUGAGUAUGAUACUGUUUUGGACAGUUGCAGUAAGAAUUGGAAAUAGAUACAGAAGUACCCAGAACUCAUACCUGGUCAUAGCAAUGAAUGGUAGUUAGUUAGAGAGCAGGAGAUUGAUGCAUGGCAGAUAAAAACCAGAAGCAAGUGUGGAAAGACAGGCUGUACCUAGCUUGUGGGAAGCCCUUGUAGGGCCUGCUAAGGAGUUGAGACCUCAUCCCAUAGGGGCUGAAGAGGCCUCCGGAGUUUUCAUUAAAGAAAUGCCAGCUCUAGGACAGCACUAAAGCCUAAUGUGUAGCACUUGGGCUCUGGGAACCCAGCUCCCUACUCUACACACCCAAGCUUGGUGACCUUGGGCAAAUGACUCAAUCCUUCUAAGCCUCAGUUCUAUCACCUAUAAAUUGGUUACGAUAAAAAUACUGACCUUCAGGGGUCUUGCGAGUAAUAAUAGUUACUUAUUUAAUGCUCGCUGUGUGCCUGCCAAUGUUCUAAGUGCUUGACUUGCGUUAUCUUAAAGGAGGUCAUGAAUUUAAAAGCUUAGGACAGUGAUUGGCACAUAUUAACAGUUAAUCACUGCUGUGAGGGUGGUGCAACAGCUGAUGUCAUUAUUCUUAUUGUUCGGUCAAAUCUGUAUUUUAGUAAGAUCCUUCUGGUGAUGGCAUAGAGAAUAGGCUGCAGUGGUUGAGGCUGGAGGCCAAGAGAACAGGUAUUUUCACACACAUGUUUAAAAGGUCACUGAGCUGUAUACUUCAGAUCUGUGCAUCUUACCUCAUGUAUUUUACACCUCAGUUUAAAGAAAUGUAAUAAAAGGGGUAACCAAUGAAAACUCUUCUCCUAGUUUACAUAUGCUGCUCUACAACUGCUUGGAGUUUCAAUUAGCUGAGCUCUCUUCACUUAAAAAAAAAGUGGUGGGGUAGGCAUUGUGAGGGACUAAGUGAAACCCUUUUUCAAUGAACCAUGCUCCUGAAGGACAGGAAGCCCAAGGAAAACAAACCUCUACAACUCAUACAAAAUUCUGACCUAGUGGAGAGUUUCCCUUUGCUAGAGCUGCCUACCAGCAGUAGUGAAUGAAUCUAGAGGAGAGUCUCUCUCUUCUUCCAGCCCAGUGGUACAGAGAUGAUAGAACCAAGAAAGGCAGGCCACCCGGGUGGUGUGGAGAAGGGUGUUAGACACUGGACCAGAUGACAGACCGUCCACUCUCAGCCCUCCGGAAAGUUGACUGUUACCGGGCUUCCUACCUUAGGGCACUUUUCCAUUUAGAUUUUACUGAACCUCUAAACAUGUCACAGGUGGCAAUAUGUUGACCUUUUCUUGGAUUGACACCAAACUAAGUGGUAAAAGUGUUCAGACUGGGCAACAUACUUCUCCUGCAUAAUGCCCUGGGUUAUGUGAAAUGAUUGUGACCUCUGAAUGGAUGGGGAGUGGAUUUUUUAAAUAUGAUACCAAUUCUGUUUCUCCUCCUGUUGAUUACAAAAACACAAUCUAAAACGAUUGGAAUGUCGAGACCAACCAGCUGAUCAAAAUCAAGUAACGUGCCUCGGGAUGGAGCAGUGAGGGGAAGGUCGUUUCUGCUAGGUCAGGAGGGAAAAAGCCCUGGCCCAGCAAAGCUGGAGAAGGGCAUUUAAAACAUUUAAGUGAGAUUUGUAAAAACUUCAGUAUUCAUCCUAACCAACUGCUUACUUACUAACUCCCAGUUAGGUAUUUAAGAAGAUAAGAUUAAAUGUCUAGAAUUCAGUGAUAAUUAUGCAAACAAAAACCAACCUUCAAUUGCCUAGUAUUAGAUAUGGCUAUUGACACUAUGCAUAUCUUAUAAAUCAUUCUAAUUGAAUGGGGCAAUGUUACCUUCUGAAACCUAAAAAACCCGUAAGUCAGGGAACAUUCUGAUUAGACAGACAGGUCUCCUUGGAUACAAGCACUGAGUCUUAUGUGGCCAUGACAGGUUCACUGAUAGGCAAUUUUCAAGAACUUUUGUGAAAAUAAACAUGAAGAUAAGUGAAAACACAGGUCAUAUAAUACCAACAAAAUGGAAGGUUCUCUACAUUUUCAUAAUGCUUAUAUACAUGCAUACGCAAAUUACAUGUAUUUAUUUCUAAAGCCAUGCUUUGUAGCACUGUCAUUGUUUUUUUAACAAUUUAAGCAUUUAUUAUAAAAGUAGCAAUUCAUAUUAAUUUAAACAUUAAAAAAUACAAAAUUAUAUACAUACAUAUUUGUGAAGGUGCAAAAAGAUUUGUUACUUACAUAAUGGAGGUUUAUGGGAUGAGCAGAGCAGUCCCAAGCUGGUCCAAAAUGGCUGGAGAGAGCAAGGAAAGCAGACUGGCUUGAGGCUUUUAUUGUGGUUAGGGGGUGGGCCUGGGUGAGGACUGACCUAGAAAGACAGGAGAUUGGGUGGUUUGAAUCUCCUGUAGGUGCUUGGGCUUCCCUAUCAGCUUGCCCAGCAGGUGUGAGGCUUAAAAGCUAUUUGCAGUCAAACAUCAAAAGAGUUUAACAUUUUAUUACAAAUAUCAUUCACACAAUCACCAACAUGCUCUUCCAGUGCCACUAAAUUUUUUCUUAAAAUUUUCCUUCCCUUUCCACUCUUACUACUACUCCUUUACUUUUAAGAAGUUAUCAUCUUUAUCUGAAUCUCUCUGAUAGAUUUUUUAAACUGAGGUAUAAUUGACAUUAACAUUACAUUAGUUUCAGGUUGUGCAAUGUAAUUUCCGAUAUCUGUAUGUCUUGCAAAAUGAUCACCACAGUAAGUCUAGUUAACAUCCAUCACCGCACAUAGUUACAAAAUUUUUUUCUUAUCAUAAGAACUUUUAAGAUCUACCCUCUUAGCAACUUUCAAAUAUGCAAUAUAGCAUCAUAACUAUAGUCAUGAUGCUGUAAAUUAUAUCCACGUGACUUAUUUAUUUUAUAAAUGGAAGUUUGUAUAGGGUUGGCCAAAAAGUGCCUUUGGUUUUUAAGUAAAAAUAAAAGACACAUUUUUCAU